AUGUACGUCCGCGGUAACCGACGCGACUUUGACGAGCUGAAUAUCACGGGCUGGUCCUGGAAACACAUGGAACCUUAUUUUUUGCGUUACGAAGGCUUGCAAGAUUUAGAUCUUCUUCCCGCAUCUUCCAUACUAUUUCAUAAUACCACCGGUACUAUGAAAAUAGAAUUCUUCGAACAGUCUAACAAUCCAUGGCAUUCGAAACUCAUUAAUGGGUAUGAAGCGCUUAAUUUCCCUCGUAAUCCUGAUGUCAACGGGGUAUCUCAAAUUGGAGUUUCUCAAAUCAUUGGGUAUACGUAUAGAAAUGAACGUAUGAGUACUGCACGAGGAUAUCUCGGAAGAGAUGAUGUGAAGAGGAAACUGAAAGUGGCCAAGUACACCAGGUGCACAGGAGUUAUCAUAGACGAUGACAAUGUAGCUCGUGGCAUUACGGUCGUUCAUGGACCUUCUAAUGCUACAUUACGACUCUAUGCGUCGCGGGAGGUUAUAUUGAGCGCGGGGGCUCUCGUCACUCCACAACUACUUAUGUUGUCGGGCAUCGGUCCUGCUGAUCAUUUAAAUGAAAUGGGUAUACCAGUUCGCGUAGAUCUGCCAGUAGGCAAUAAUAUGACAGAUCACGCGUUGGUGUCAGUUUUUAUUAAAGUGGAGGACAAGUUAAAUUUAUUGAAAGGGAUUGAAAAAAAUAGCUCGCUAGCGAGUAUGUUAUUAACUCGAGGUGGAUCUAUCGGCGUUACUGAUGUGGUUAGUUUCGUGAACACUUUGUGCUAUGAUUUUGAUAAACGACAGCUCAUCGGAAACAGUUCCGAGUGUGAGUUGCCGACGACACAAUACAUUCAUCUGUAUGCAGAUAAAGAUUUUAUUACGAUCGGGGGACCCGAACUCAAAAUUCGCAUGGGAUUAGAUGACUCUGUUGUUAAUCAAUUAAGAGAAAUUAAUAAAAAAUAUGCCAUUAUAACGGUAUGGGCAGUAGUUUUGCAACCAAAGUCUAGCGGUACGGUGCGGUUGGCAAACGUGGACCCGCUUCAACCGCCUGCCAUUUUUCUUAAUUAUUUGUCUGAUGACCGCGAUAUGGAGGAGAUGCUGCGCAGUAUUCGGAUUACUGAGCAGUUGACGGAAACGCCGGCGUUCAAGGCUGCGGGCGCAUCGCUAGUGCGGCUGGAGCUGGAGAGCUGUCCCUCCAACUCGCGAGAUUCGACAGCGUACUGGCGCUGCUACGCGCGCCACCUGACUUACUCUACGUUCCAUUCCAUGGGCACGAGCGCGCUGGGCCGCGUACUAGACACACGGCUGCGCGUGCGCGGGGUGGCGCGCCUGCGCGUGGCCGACGCGGGCGCGCUGCCGCGGCUGCCGCGCGGCAACACCGCCGCCGUCGUCAUCGCGCUUGGCGAGAGGCUCGCAGACUUCCUUCUAAAGGACAACAUUAAUUAA